GGCGGCGAUGGCGGCGGGCGGGCGCUGAGGCUCCGCCAUGGCCGAGGGGCCGCCGAGGGGCCGCACGCCCAGCCCAGGCCCCGGGGGGGCACCGGGGCCGCCCAGCCCCCGCGCGGCCGGAGCGGCGGCGGGGUCCGCCGGGGCGCUGUCCCCGCCCGCCGCUGCCUCCAAGUGGGUGCGGCUGAACGUGGGCGGCACGUACUUUGUGAGCACCCGGCAGACGCUGUGCCGGGAGCCCAAGUCCUUCCUGUGCCGUCUUUGCUGCCAGGAGGGGCCCGAGCUCGGCUCCGACAAGGAUGAGACAGGGGCCUAUCUCAUUGACAGAGACCCCACGUACUUUGGUCCGAUACUGAACUACCUCCGGCACGGGAAGCUCAUCAUAAACAAGGAGCUUGCAGAGGAAGGGGUGCUGGAAGAGGCUGAGUUUUACAACAUCGCAUCCCUCGUGCGGCUGGUGAAGGAGCGGAUACGGGACAACGAGAACAGAACCUCUCAAGGACCCGUGAAACACGUGUACAGAGUGCUGCAGUGCCAAGAGGAAGAGCUCACACAGAUGGUGUCCACAAUGUCUGACGGAUGGAAAUUUGAACAGCUCAUUAGCAUCGGAUCUUCCUAUAACUAUGGAAACGAAGACCAGGCAGAAUUCCUCUGUGUUGUGUCCAGGGAGCUCAACAAUUCUACCAAUGGCAUUGUCAAGGAGCCAAGCGAGAAGGCCAAGAUUCUUCAGGAGCGAGGAUCCCGGAUGUAAUUCAAGUGUCCACUCCAUUAAACUCCCAGAUGUCACAGGGCAGUCCAGCUGGGCAGAGCAUCUCUCCGCAGAGCAACCCAGCCCUUGUAAAAUAACCAAGCUAAUGCAAAGCAAAGCCAAGCCUGUCCUGCCAAUGGCAAAUAAUUCUGGUCAUAACCAAAGGCUUUUCUCUUACCCUGGAAACCGAGGAAGGAAAAGACUCUUCCAGUUGGAUAGUCCUUUCCACAAGUAUUUGUUUUAUUUACUUGGCCAGCGCUGUAUUGAAAUUUUCCGACAAUGGCUGGGCCGGAUUCCCAGUCAGAGCCUUUGUGAAGGUUGCUCAGGUCCUCAGGCCCUUGUAAUCAAUCCCACCUUUCACAGGCUGCUGUGGGUGGGAAGGUCUAUAUUUGAGCUGUGCCAUUUCUUGCACCCAGGUCUGCCACUAGAAAAGUGCAGGGACCUUGCAGUGCUUCCCCCUUCUUCCCCAAAUCUGAAGAACAGGGCUUUAAAAGUAGGAACAAAACAACCAUUUCUAAAAAACCCACACAAACUUUUCCAUCCUUGCUUUGUAUUUGUUCCUUGUCCAAUUCCUAAGAGCUGAGUUUAGAUCUGAGGGGAGGGGAGUUGUGUGUCCAUCUGACACAGGUCUCACUGGUAACACUAUUACACACGGGCUCCUGGUGUUUUCCAAAGCCCAUUACUUUGCAUGCAUAAACAAAGAGGCCUGUGUUCACCCAAAAUAGUGAUAGAGUGAUAGUCCUGUCCUUUACACUUCUCCACAGAGCAAGAGUGGUGACAUCUUCCCCUCCAGUACCCUGUCAUGGCCAUAUCUUAGCCUGGUGCAAAGUCACAAGGUUUAGGGACUUGCUGCUGCCAAGUUCAGCUUUGCCUUGUUUGUCUCCAGCAGUGUGGGCUCUGUCUCCUUCCCUCUCACCAGGGAGGGCUUCAGGCAGAAUUUCUUUUGUACUGUACCAAGCAGGUAGGUUUGUCUGACCCCACAAGAUCCUUUGCAGAGGAGAUCCCCUAUUUACAUGCAGUGAUUUACCUGCAGCCCCUUCAUGUCCCCACCUUUAAGAGAUCACCUCAAAUUACAGAGGGACAUCACAGAACUGGGGUGGGGGGAUUUGGUGAAAAGUUGCCAAACUAUUGUAAUGUUUUUGUCCAAAGUGAUGUGUCAACUUUUGUGACUUUUCUUUCCUUUUUUUUUUUUUUUUUUGGAAUGCCUUGGAUGGAUGUGCAAAAUGUUCGUUUGUGCCUCUCUUGAAUUCUAAUCUUAGCCAAACUGCAGUCACUGGUUCCCCUCUGUUAUUCUGUGCCACCCCUAACCAAGGGCAUGUCCCUCCUAGUCUGGUAAAUGGAAUUUCAUAGGAAUUUGCUGCAUGUUUUUCCCCUUUCAUCCUGGCUUUGUUCUUUGUAGCCCGAGUGUCCUAGCACUUGGGUCAUUUUCAGUCAAGUCCCAAACUGACAUUACAGCAAAGCUUCAGAGAUGCUGGAAUUCAGACAUUGACAAGCUCAGAGCAGAUGUUUCUCAAUAAGCUACCAGAAAAUUCCUCACCUGGACUGAGGGGUUGGGCUCCUUUCUGGAGGGCUUCAGCUACCCAUGUUCUCCUGAAAGUUUUGACACAGAAUUAGGCAGGUUUUCCAUCUUAAUCACUUGCUGCUGAGAGAGUCCUACCAACAGUCCAACAACCAGUUCAGGGACCAAGAUGUGCAGCAAAGACACCGAGUGGCACUGCUGUGCUCUGCCUCUCUCCAGUCCUUCUGUACAUCCCCUUGCCUGUCGUGCAUCCUGCUCUGCCAGUGCACCUCCUCCAGUGGAGCCUUUGCCUCGUUCUCAAGACAGACUGGUUAACUGUGCUAGAUUAGUCCUGGUAACAACAGACUGUGCCAAAUGUCUUUGAAUUCACGUUGUGUCAGUGACAGGCUGUUGAAUCACAGCUGGCUUUCCAUCACACUGAAAAACACAGCUCUGCUUCCCUCCAUCUGCCCUGUUUAUAACGUGGUGAGCUGGUGUUGGUGUGAUCAGACUACACACCUUGGCUGGGCCUGAACAACACUGUGAUGUGUACAGAUCUCCCUCCUCUGUCCGUAUCCUGUAGCCUCAGCCACUGUCUGUGCUCACAGCUAAGAAAUCAAGAAGCAUAUGUAUGCAAGUUAGCAGCCUGAAAAGCCCUUUAGCACUCUCAUUUGUCUUAUUACCCUUCCUCAGAGGAGGGAGUUUUUGGGAAGUGGUCAAGAAAUACCAAACUAAAGGCAACAGGAACUGGUCAGACUGUAUUUGUCAGAUUGAUGCCAGCUGAGCACCUUGUUAAACCAUGGAGAUGAAAGCAACACUGGCUGCAGAGGGAGACUUUCUGUCUGGUACAGCUCAAGUAGAUAAGAAUAACAAACACUUCUCUGGCUUUUUUGUGUCACCAAAAACACAACGUGGUGAAGCCCACUGGAGGGUUGCCUGAUGCAGUGAUGCCAUUGCUCUCCCCUCUGAGCCACAGAGAGCCUAAAAGUGACCAUUAGCAGGUGAAUGGCACAGCUGCUUAACUGAUGAGCACAAGAAAGAUCAGGGUUGCAUCUUGGUUUUCCCUUUUGUGCUCCUUUUGGCAGUGAGAAGGUGCCAGGGGACCAUGGACUCUCGGGUUCCAUUGCAGGGUCCUUUGAAGUUCAGCAGAAAAAGUUUAUGGUAGAAAACCAGUCCUAGGUACUGGAUGCUCAAGUUUUUGGGUGAUAUGUAGGACCAGGCAUGAAGUCCAUCCAGAGCAGGUACAUUCCCAGUGAAGGAUUUCUCCUUCCCUGACUGUGCUAGGUCACCUUUACCCUGAGACAGGGCUAGUCUCAGCAUUUUGCACCAGUUGCAUCCCUUCUGUGCUCAAACAGGGCUUUUCCUUCCAUUGCCUUUCACUCAGUCACAACUAUAUCAAAAUUAGUGCUGAAUUAGGAUGAAAUUUGUCCCGUUCACUCUAAAAAAGUGUAGCAUGUUGUGGUGAGAAGAGUAGGAGAGCAGGGGUAGAUCUACUGGCUGUCCAAGAGUGCUUAUGCCUCUUGGGAAGGUUCACUUUAAAGCAUUAAUCCUGGGAAUGGAGCAUAUGACACUUUGGUUUUUUUAAAAAACUUUCCCAGUGGCCUAAAUUGUUCCAUUAUGGCAAGACUGGAAAUAACUUCUUGAAGUGUCUUUGUUUCUGCACAUUUUUAAAAACUGAUUUUUCUCAGGGGUGACUGAGUGGGCUGAGGCGAAGGGGGCCUGGUUGGCUGCGGGGCAGGGGCCGGAGCAGCCAGGCUGUGGGCUCCUACCCGGAGGUUUUGUACAGUUUGUCACAUGUCAGUGCCCUUUGCUACUGUUUCUCUUUGUUUAUUAAAUGUGUUUGAAUAACAGUU